UUCAGCAUUGAGCCACACUUGGAAGCUUUGUGAGGUAUACAAUUGCGCAGUCCGAUAUUGUCCAAAAUGGCCGCCGUUUUCUCUUUCUCCGUUAAGCCCAGCCAUGGAUCCCUCAGGAUCUAGAGCGUGGCGUCGAACGAGCUAUCACGAAGAAGACAGUGACGACGGUCUUGUCUACGGCGACGAAUACUUUGGACGAUUAUUACGAAAGGCAGAACAACACGAGAACUCGAGAACACGAAAACGAGGGCAGACAUACACGGGACUCGGAAACUAACGAAAAUAUGUCAUCCUGGCUUCAGCGCCAGCUAGGCUCACAGCAAACCCAACUUACUGCUACAGCAGUAUUGUCUGGCGCUGCUGUGGCUGGUACUAUUCUUGGUUACCAGGCCCUCAAACGGAGGGAAGCAGUGAAGGAACUAAAGUCCUCCAUUCCACCUAUUAGUGAGCAGCAUAAAGCGCAAAAGCUGUCGGAAUAUGGCACGGCUACUCCACCAUCGAUGAGCAAAGAAGAUGAACGUAGUGCGGCACUUGCCCGAAGAGCACAGGAGGGUGAUUAUGACGAAGAUCUCAUUCUUGAACAGCUUGCUCGCAACCGUGUAUUUUUAACUGACGAAGGCCUUGCCAAACUUCGAUCUUCUUUUAUAAUCGUCGUGGGAUGCGGUGGUGUGGGAUCGCAUGCGACUGCUGCUCUGGCUCGAUCUGGAGUUGGAAAAAUCCGCCUAAUUGAUUUCGACCAGGUCACGCUUUCAUCUUUGAACCGACAUGCUGUCGCAACCUUGGCAGACGUCGGUACACCAAAGGUGCACUGUAUACGGAGGAGACUGGAGCAGAUCGCUCCUUGGGUCAGAUUUGACUGCUACAAUGAACUCUUCGGCAAGUCUGUAGCCGACAAGCUCCUAGGCCCUUGGGAAUUGGAAAGCCACGGGCCCCGGAAACCUGACUUUGUCAUCGAUUGCAUUGACAAUAUCACUUCCAAGGUGGAAUUGCUUCAUUAUUGUCAUGCUAAUUCUAUACCUGUUGUUUCAUCCAUGGGUGCUGGUUGCAAGUCAGACCCCACUCGCGUCGUAGUGGGCGAUAUCUCGCAAAGCACAGAUGACCCUCUAUCGCGCAGUACUCGACGACGGCUCAAGGCGCUUGGUGUAAAUUCUGGUAUUCCGGUGGUCUUUUCUACUGAGAAGCCGGGUCCUGGCAAGGCCUCUCUCCUGCCCCUCCCUGAGGAUGAGUUUGCGAAAGGACAGGUGGGUGAGUUGGGUGUGCUGCCCGACUUCCGCGUUCGUAUACUUCCGGUGUUAGGAACGAUGCCUGCCGUGUUUGGAUACACCAUAGCGAACCAUGUCAUCUGCACGGUCUCCGGAUAUCCCCUUGAUUACAGUGUCAGCGUAAAGGGCAGAGACAGGACAUACGACAGUGUCUUGUCUGCCUUGCAAGCGACAGCAGAGAGACUGGCUCGAGACGAAGCAGGCGAAGACGCAUAUGGUCUCCGUAUCCCCGUCAGCAAAGACGACGUUGCAUUCCUUCUCGAUGAGGUAUAUAGAGGGAAGAGUGUCAUUAGCGGCCUACCCAGUCGCGUCACCUUGGUUCCCUGGGAAGUUCCAGCUGGAGGAUUCGGCGCUGACAAGGAAUGGCUCAAAGAGGGACAGAAGUACGUCCGGAUGGACCUGAAGAAUCUGGUCUGUAUGACAAAGGAUGAGGCUACGCGGCAUGAACGGGAAGUGCUGAAGGGGAAGAAGAGACUGGAAGAAGUAUACGACAAAAACAUUCUGCUGAAGGUUGAGCAACGCAGGCGGGAGAUAGAGGAGUUCGAGAAAUAUAGGUAGACAACUUGAAUCGACUGUACGAUAACCUUGAGAUGUGUAAGAGAGUUCAGAGUCCCCUCAGUAUUGAAUACUGAUAGGAAUGACUGUAUAUAUGGGAGAGACUUAUUGUGAUUGUCAUAAGCAGAGUGCAUUGUUGCAUCUUGACAAGUCCGUUGUAGGCUGUAGCUCCCUGAG